GCCGAGGAGGUUUGUGUCAAUUGACUUGGCCGCUUGCGCCCCUCGUCCGAUAAGUCCGAUGUCGUCUGUCUUAUCGUCUUGUACCUGUACAUCAAUGUCCUUUUACUCCGAGGCUCGAUAACAAUUGACUCUAUCCUUGUUGCUACCUAUUUCAUGUUGACAAGCCAUGACAUCCCUACUCACUCUUCCUGCUGAGCUACGGAACCAGAUCUAUGAUCAUCUAUUCAUUGAGACAUCUCCGUACACCUGCCCUACUGAUGCCGCCUCUGAUUCAAGCCAUAGCCUCAAUGACUUUGGCAAAUCAAGCAACCUAGACGAGACGACCUCGACACCAUGCCAGUCGCUCCUCCUCACAUGUCGUCAAAUGCAUGAAGAGACCCAACUCUUACAUCUCCAACGCACCUCCUUCGUACUCGGCGGCAACUACGCAGACCCGGAAGCUUUUGCUCGUCUAUGCAACGUCAAUCUACCUCCACCACGUAUCUCAGACAUCAAACACAUCACCCUCGUCGGUCGCAUCAAUCGUCUACGCGCCUUGAACGAAGCAUGGAACGGCCUGCCAUUCGGCAACUCCCAUCUCCGCCUUACAACUCUAGUCAUUGUACCGCGACGCCCUGCGCGGUAUGACCUCCAUUACGCAGAGAUAGCAGACCUGGAUUCGGCGCAUACCCUGUCUUACACCUUGUCCGAAACAUUGAAGAACUUGCACAACGUCAAAAGAGUAAUAGUCAGAAAUGAAGACGAUUGCUUCAACGACAUAGUAUGGAGGGUCAUCUACAGAAGCAUGAUAAGCCGUUUGCUGAGGUGGGGUGGGAAAUUGUGUAGUUGUCGAUUCAGAGAGGGCAACGGCUGGUUCGAGAUCCUUGUCGAUGGUCGAGAUGCAGAUCCGCAGGUUUAUAGCGAUGCCGACAAGGAGUUUCGACGCGUAGUCGGUGAAGUUCACUAGAAUCCAGAUUUCCUCCUGGGCUUCUUGCUCCGAGAUCGUGUAAUACGCGCUGCUUCUGGUGCCGCUUCUACCAUGGGUCCAGCUCCAGUUCCUUGGUCGAGUUUUUGGUCUUGGGUAGAAGUCUCUUGUUCCUUUGGCUUCUCUUGGCCCAACGUAUCAUCUUGUGCUUCAGUU